UCCGCUUCCGGUUCCGGCUUUCCUGCAGUUGACAGCCAGGCAAUAGCAACCUGAAUACCAUACAAAAUGAUUCCUGGAGCUCUGAGAACUUCUGGCUUCACCCUUCUCUGGUGGACCCAGCUAAGACCAUGACAGAGGACAACGGACUGCGGAAAUCCUUAGAUCAGUUCUAUGAACUGUUUGGCCAUCCACCGCAAGCCUCUGGAAAUCCACUCUCUGAAUCUGUUUGCCAGCACCUCACCCAGAAAAUCCUCCAACUGAAGAACCACGAAAGCCAGAGUUAUACCCUUCGAAGUUACCAGCUAGCCCGGGUCAUCCUCAUCCGGGAUGGUUGCUCAGUCUUACAGAGACAUUCCAAGGACACCCAGUUCUACCCACUGGAAGAACGAAGUGUGUCUCUGGAUGCUGAAAAUCCCACCCCGGGACUUUCGAAAGAUAUUCUUCGUUUUCUUCUGCAGCAAAAUGUGAUGAGAGACCUUUGAUGGUACCCAGGAGUGAGAAAGGGAACCAGAGAGGUGGAGUAGGCAACUUCAUGAGAGGAGCUGGUGGUAGGAUAAGACCCAGAGACCCUGUUCUCGCCUUUCAACUCUAUGUUGACUCCCAGUGGCUCCUGAUUGAGUGACUUCAGCU